GCACGGAGAUGCUCCCGGUUGUUCACGGAACGGGUGGUCCACCCUCGUCGCGACGGCGGCGUCGCGCGACGAUUUUUCACAGUGCCGUGUCUGUUACGUUUGGAAACACCAAAAAGGUUGAAAGUUCGCGGAUCAGCAGGCCGACGUCCACUGCCACUCUGAUGACGACCGCUUUGUGCGUGUUGCUGGUCCUCCUGCCCGCGGCAUAUCCCGACAAGAUCUCCAUCGGUGGAAUUUUCGGGAAGGGCACCGAUGAAGUUCAAUCAGCGUUCAAAUUUGCGAUGUCCAAUCACAACAAAAACACCACGAGUCGGAAGUUUGAGUUGCAGGCUUUCGUAGAUGUAAUUAGUACCGCGGACGCAUACAAGCUAUCCCGGCUAAUCUGCAGCCAAUUCAGCAGAGGGGUCUUUUCCAUGCUCGGCGCCGUGAGUCCGGAUUCAUUCGACACCCUCCAUUCUUAUAGCAACACGUUCCAGAUGCCUUUCGUGACGCCCUGGUUCCCUGAGAAGGUACUGGCGCCGUCCUCAGGUCUCCUGGAUUACGCCAUAAGCAUGCGUCCGGAUUAUCAUCGCGCCAUCAUCGACACUGUGCGAUACUACGGCUGGAAGAAAAUCAUCUACCUCUACGACUCCCACGACGGAUUGCUCAGGCUGCAGCAGAUCUAUCAAGGCUUGAAACCGGGGAACGAGUCGUUUCAGGUGGAAACUGUCAAACGAAUACAAAACAUGUCCGAGGCGAUUGAUUUCCUGCGCAGCUUGGAGGAGCUCAAUCGAUGGAGCAACAAAUACGUGGUGCUCGAUUGCCCCACAGACAUGGCGAAGAACAUUGUUGUGAGUCACGUGAGGGACGUAGCGCUGGGGAAAAGAACGUAUCACUAUUUGUUAAGUGGAUUGAUAAUGGACGACCGAUGGGAGAGCGAGGUGAUCGAGUACGGUGCUAUCAACAUCACCGGUUUUCGCAUCGUGGACGCUACUCGGCCGUACGUCAAAGACUUCCUGGCCGCCUGGCAUCGCCUCGACCCGGCAACGUACGAAGAAGCUGGUCGCGAAUCAAUUUCCGCACAAGCGGCGCUGAUGUACGACGCCGUAUUUGUUCUCGUUGAGGCGUUCAACAAGUUUCUGAGGAAAAAACCGGACAGGAGUAACGUGAGGAGGACUGGAGUUGCUAGCAGCAGUCAGAUUACGAAUGGCACCCGGACGCUGGAUUGCAAUAACAGUCAUGGAUGGGUGACACCGUUCGAGUACGGCGACAAAAUUUCCAGGCAACUAAGAAAGGUCGAAAUCGAGGGAUUGACGGGGGAAAUUCGCUUUAACGAUGACGGUCGAAGACACAAUUACACCCUUCAUGUCGUCGAAAUGACAGUUAACAGCGCCAUGGUGAAAGUCGCAGAAUGGACGGACGAGGCUGGAUUCCAAGGGGUAGCAGCGAAAUACAUUCGACUUCGACCGCACUCGGAAAUCGAGGAGAACAAAACUUACAUUGUCACCACGAUCGUGGAGGAACCGUACAUCAUGAAGAAGAAAUCAGACACGGGAGAAACACUUGUGGGCAACGAUAGCUACGAGGGUUAUUGCAAAGAUCUUGCUGAUCUCAUAGCGAAGAAACUGGGAAUAACGUACGAGCUACGGAUCGUGAAGGAUGGCAAAUACGGCAUGAGAAAUAGAAACAACAGUUGGGAUGGAAUGGUCGGCGAGCUGAUUCGCAAAGAAGCAGACAUUGCCAUCGCUCCUAUGACAAUCACAUCCGAACGCGAGCGAGUGAUCGAUUUCAGCAAACCUUUCAUGUCUCUGGGUAUCAGUAUUAUGAUAAAGAAACCGGUGAAACAGAAGCCUGGAGUAUUUAGCUUUUUAAACCCGUUAAGCAAGGAGAUCUGGGUGUGCGUGAUCUUUUCGUAUAUCGGCGUGUCCAUCGUUCUAUUUACCGUGUCCAGAUUCUCCCCGUACGAAUGGAGAGUAUUAACGCUGAGCAGUGGCGGAGAUCCAUCAGUGAGGAACGAUCCCACGUUGCAGCAUCCACACGCGUCUCAAGGAUCGCCACACAUGCCCACCUCGAGCAUGGCCAAUGACUUUAGUAUCAUCAACAGCCUCUGGUUCGCAUUGGCUGCGUUCAUGCAGCAAGGCUGUGAUAUAUCGCCCAGAUCGAUAUCAGGACGGAUAGUUGGCAGUGUCUGGUGGUUCUUCACUCUGAUCCUGAUCUCCUCUUACACCGCGAACCUAGCUGCGUUUUUAACUGUCGAAAGAAUGGUGGCGCCGAUCAACUCGCCAGAAGACUUGGCUUCGCAAACGGAAGUGCAAUACGGCACGCUCUCUCACGGAUCCACUUGGGAUUUUUUUCGCAACUCGAAAAUCAACCUUUACACCAAGAUGUGGGAGUUUAUGAACUCGCGGAGCCACGUGUUCGUCAAAACGUACGACGAGGGCAUACGAAGGGUAAGGACCAGCAAAGGGAAAUACGCUCUUCUAAUAGAGAGCCCUAAAAACGAGUACAUCAACGAGAGGGAGCCCUGCGACACGAUGAAAGUCGGGAACAACCUUGACGCCAAAGGCUUCGGCGUUGCGACGCCGCUGGGAUCUCCACUCAGAGAUCCGAUAAACCUGGCAGUGCUGUCGCUGAAGGAAAAUGGCGAGUUAGCGAAAUUGGUGAAUCGAUGGUGGUACGACAGAACGGAAUGCAGGCAUGGUGACAAACAAGAUGCCUCGAGAAACGAAUUGUCCCUCAGCAACGUGGCAGGGAUAUUCUACAUCCUCAUUGGUGGCCUUCUAUUAGCACUGGCCGUCGCCCUACUUGAGUUUUGUUAUAAAUCGCACACGGAAGCUACUAGAGCGAAGAUACCGUUGUCGGACGCGAUGAAGGCGAAAGCUCGACUGACGAUCGGCGGCGGCCGAGAUUUCGACAAUGGCCGGUGGUACGGACUGCAGAGUUAGACGGAGGAUGCAUGCGCCUUUCCCGGGACCAUAUUACUACGCUCCGGCAAACGCGAUUGGCAAUACCGAGGGCGACCAGAUACACAGCAAUACGCAUACCCAGGUGUAAAUUACCAGGAGUCGCCAAGCGAGUCGCCCGCCAUCUCCCUGCCCACGCCUCCGCCGCCGCCCCUGGUGGCGGCUGUGCCCCCGCCGCCGCCGCCACCGCCGCCCAGAAGACCGCGACGAAGCGUCACGUUCGCGGAAUCGCCGCCAAAGAGUCCGAAGAAGAUCAGGUUCUCGCCGUUCCAGCGGAAACCCGGCAACCUGAUGCUGGACGUCGCGGUGCCCUGGACGCCGGCUUCCCCGCGCGUCUGGACUGGCAAAAUUGGCGACAACAAGCCUGAGUACGUUAAGUAAACGCGACAGGUCGUCCUACGGAGUUACCGUAGGACGGUCCGCCGGUGCUAGUUGUGAAUCGCAACGAUCGAAA